CAGACCACACCCUACUUUUCAUGUUUAUCUCUUCUGUGAUCAACAUUCAGCUUCUUUGAAGGAAAAGCGUAACAUUUCUUGUGAUCUUCUUAAGAAAGCCUGCUGUCCCACCUCUUCAGGAUAUAUUUUCCUCUUCUAUUUGUUUUCUUCAGUAUCUUCUCUUUGCAUCUUAGCAUUAUUUUCCAAAACAGAUCAAGCUUUUUUUUACUUUCAGUUUCUAUUCUUGGAAAUGGAUACCUUUGUGUGCGACAAACUAAACCAGUGGAAUCUGAAUGAGUUCAUUGAGAUAUUCAAAGAAGAAGAGGUUGACAAGAACAGCCUUUAUUGUCUUGAGGAUGAAGAUAUUGACAAACUGAUACCAAAAGUGGGACCAAGAGCACGGUUCAAGAAGAGACUGAAGCAGUUAAAGGAAGAAGAACACUUCAAUAGUGAAAAAGAAAUUUGUUCAAAACAAUGCCAACAGCAGAAUGAAGAGGAAACUAAUUUGUCUGAGAUUUUGCCCUCCACGAGUGAUACAGGAAAGCGAAAAUUUGACCUUCAAGAGGAAUCUAGAGCAGAGGAACCAGCAGUAAAACGGCAGCGUGCCAGCAUUCAAUUUUCAGAAGCAGUGAUUCUGAAUGAUGUGAAAGCCAUAAUGGAACAAGUUUAUGAAAAACUGCAUAAUGAGGAGAGCACAGAGCUCAAUGAAUUCCUAAAGACCAAAAGUAGAGACCUGGAGGUGGACAAGAGGGAGGUGGUUGGUGUUUUUGGUAAAACUGGAUCUGGAAAGACGUCCUUGAUAAACGCUGUCAUUGGUGUGAAUAAACUUUUGCCCUCUGGCGAUGUUGAUGCCUGUACUUCUGUCAUGAUUAAAGUGGAAGCGAAUGUUAACAACUCAACAUAUGAAGCAGAGAUUGAGUUCAUCCCCAAAGAUGAGUGGGAAGAUGAGUUGGUGACAGUAGCUCGCUUUCUUGAGGAGGAUGGAGAACAAGAGAAGCAAGAUGAUGAUGAUGAUGAUGAUGGCUCUCAUGACCUUGUUGAAAAGCUUUCAGCACUGUAUGGAGAAGAAUGGAGAGAAAAAUCCUCUGAACAACUCAUGGAUAUCAGAUACUUCAGAGAGAUUCCAGAGUUUCUUAACUCCACAAAGAAGAUUUUAAUUUGUGAAUCUGCUACAGAAUUAUCUGCUAAAAUUUUGAAGUACACCAAACAAGGAGGAGAUGUAGGAAUAAAAAGGUGGUAUUGGCCACUUGUGAAGUGUGUGACUGUGAAAGUGCCAAAAAAUAAUUUUCUCCAGCAUGUCACACUUGUGGAUCUUCCUGGAAAUGGAGACCGUAACAAGAGCAGAGAUUCAAUGUGGAAGGGGAUUGUUGGGAACUGUUCAGCGGUGUGGAUUGUGUCUGAAAUCAACCGAGCAGCAUCAGAUAAGGAAUCCUGGGAGGUCCUGAAAAGAGCCAGUAGUCUGCUUGGAAACGGUGGGGAGUGUCGGCACAUUCACUUUAUCUGCACCAAGUCUGAUGUUAUAGGAGAUUUACAUGAUCACUCAGCAGCUAAUGUUCAGGAUUUCAUCCUCAAAAGAAACAUCAAAGCCAAGGAAGCAGUGAACAAAGAACUGAACAAACUUACCAAGAUAAAGAACUAUUUCAGCAAUGAGUGUUUUAAAGUGUUCACAGUGAGCUCUGCAGAGUUUCUAAAACGCAAACACCUAAAUCCAGAGAAUACUGAAAUCCCAGAGCUUCAAGACUUUUUGCAAAAUCUGAACGACUGUCACUCAGAGACAUUAAACUAUGUUUCUGGAGCUCAAGGGAUUCUCUCCUUGAUUCAAGGGGCCAGUGUGAGAGAAGUGACUGGCAUUAACAAUUUUGUAUGUGAGGACCUUCAGUGUAGCCUAGACUGUCAACUUGAUGCAAUGCGAAAUGUAAUGAGGGAGAUCUACACCACCUUUGGAAAAUGUCUUGAUGAAGGAGUUGAGAUAUCCAAACGUUCAUGUGAAAAAAUCCUGAAGUCCUUCUUAUAUAAUGCAAGAAAGAGUGGAAGUGCCCAGUACAACGUCUUGAAGGGUGUCGUCAGAAAUGGUGGCAUUCACAAACCAAAAAAGGGGAAAGAAAUAAAUUUCAACAUGAAAUUAACAUCCUUUUUGAGUCAGAGCAUUGAUGAAGAAUUCAGAAAAACCUUCCCCAAUGAAGGAAAUCAUGGUCCAUUCAAUGGAGUGAUCAAUAAAUUUUCACUUGACACUGAAAAGUUGAAGCAAAAGUACAAAGAUGCAGAACUGCAGCUGGUAUUUCUCAAGACAGAGGAGGAAAAGCUCAAGACAAAACUGUGCAAAAGGAUUCGUGACAGAAAAAAAAUUAUCUACAUCAGUCUAACAAAAACAGUUGAGGAAACCAUGGCAGAAAGCUAUAAACGAGCAGCACAGUUUCAUGGAAAGAACACACUGCAGAACAUCAGGGAAACAAUACAGAAACAUGUGCAUAAUUUCAAGAACAGCAUGUUUGAGAAAGCCAAAGAUGUCAUGUUGGAGCAGCUACUUCAAUUGAUGGUGGAAAUCCUGGGACUUUUGGAAAAAAACAUGAUGGAAUCUAUAGAGCUGUCUCUCAAAACUGAAGACAAUUCAAUACCAGAUGUGUCAACUGAGCUUUCGAUGGUACAGAAACACUGGAAUGAGCUGAAUAGCUGUAUGGAUGCAUGAAUAUCAUGAAUACAUGAUACCAAUGAUUGUCAACACUUAUACCUGUGUCUAGGUCUAUUGCUCAUAUGCUCUGAUUGGCCAAAUGAAAUCCUAUUUGUGGAGUCUUGAUGUCCUUUCUCGCUCUUCAUUCAUUAGACAUGAUUUAUAUUGUAUUCUUCGUAAAACUGCCAGCCUCCCCAAAUAUUUUAAAACCUGUUGUUGAGCUAAUACUACAUAGGUCCCGGGUUAAAAUUCCAGCCCAGAGUUUGUAUGUUUUCCCUUGCCUUUGGGUUCUCCCCAAGUACUUUGACUUCCUCCAAUAGCCCAAAAACAUGACGGUUAGGUUAAUUGGUCUCUCUAAAUUGCCCAUAGAUGUGAGUGGAUUGUUGUUUGGCCUGUGUGCCUCUUUGUUGCCCUGUAAUGGACUGAAGGCUUGCCCAGGCUUUAAACCGACUAUUGUUAAAUGACCAAUGAAUUUCACUAAACAAAACCAGCUCCCAUUACGGUCCCCAAUGGCAUUAUUAAAGUAAUAUUGAAUAAUAUAAAUGAGUAAUAAUAUGCACGACAUUGAUUACAAAAGCUCUAAAUAUAUCCAUCCAUCUGACCUGCUUAAUCCCUCAUGGGGUCGUGGUGGUUGCUGGUGCCUACCUCCAACGUUCACUUGGCGAGAGGCGGUGUACACAGACAGACAGGACAAACAACCAUUCAGACACACUCACACCUAAGGACAAUUUAGAGAAUGUUUUUGGACUUUGGGAGGAAGCCGGAGUACCCAGAG